UCUCUUCCUUGUCAUGAUCAUGGCUACCGGUGUUGAGGAGCCUUUCCCUUUCCAUGGGCUUCUACCCAAAAAAGAGACCGGAGCCGUUUCCUUUCUGGGCCGGUACCCAGAAUAUGAUGGCCGCGGAGUCCUCAUUGCUGUGUUGGAUACCGGGGUAGACCCGGGGGCUCCUGGCAUGCAGAUAACAACCGAUGGGAAACCAAAGAUUAUUGAUAUUAUAGACACGACUGGAAGUGGUGAUGUAAAUACCAGCACGGUGGUUGAACCUAAAGAAGGAGUCAUCGUGGGCCUUUCUGGAAGGGUAUUAAAGGUUCCUGCAAACUGGGUAAACCCUUCAGGCCAAUAUCACGUUGGUGUUAAAAAUGGAUUUGAUUUCUAUCCAAAAGCACUCAAAGAACGCCUACAGAAAGAACGUAAGGAGAAGCUCUGGGAUCCCAUCCAUCGUGCGGUGCUUGCUGAAGCCUGCAGAAAGCAGGAAGAAUAUGAUGCCAACACCAAUUCCCAAGCUCAGCUAGGAAAACUAAUAAAGGAAGAUCUUCAAAGCCAAGUUGAAAUGUUGAAUUCCUUUGAAAAAAAGUACAGCGAUUCAGGACCUGUGUACGACUGCUUGGUGUGGCAUGAUGGCGAAACGUGGAGAGCUUGCAUGGACACAAGUGAAUGUGGAGACCUUGAAACCUGCAAAGUGCUAUCCAAUUACAGAGAAGCCCAAGAGUUUGGAUCAUUUAGCGCAUCAGAAAUGUUGAAUUAUUCUGUAAACAUCUAUGAUGAAGGGAACUUACUGUCCAUUGUGACCAGCGGAGGUGCUCAUGGCACACAUGUUGCCAGCAUUGCAGCUGGAUACUUCCCUGAUGAGCCCGAGAGAAAUGGUGUUGCCCCAGGAGCACAGAUCCUUGCCAUAAAGAUUGGUGACACUCGGCUGAGCACAAUGGAAACUGGCACAGGACUCAUAAGAGCGAUGAUUGAAGCAAUCAAAUAUAAGUGUGACCUUAUUAACUAUAGCUAUGGUGAAGCCACCCACUGGCCAAAUUCUGGGAGAAUAUGCGAAGCAAUUAAUGAGGCUGUGUGGAAAAACAAUAUAAUCUACGUCUCAAGUGCUGGAAACAAUGGUCCGUGCCUUUCUACAGUGGGCUGUCCUGGUGGUACUACCUCUAGCGUGAUAGGCGUGGGUGCUUACGUUUCACCAGACAUGAUGGUUGCAGAGUAUUCCCUUAGAGAAAAGCUGCCUGCCAAUCAAUACACAUGGUCGUCAAGAGGUCCUAGUACCGAUGGUGCUCUUGGAGUCAGUAUAAGUGCCCCAGGCGGUGCUAUUGCUUCGGUGCCAAACUGGACAUUGAGGGGAACCCAGCUGAUGAAUGGGACGUCCAUGUCCUCUCCCAAUGCUUGUGGAGGCAUUGCUCUAGUAUUAUCAGGUCUUAAAGCAAAUGGCGUCCAGUAUACUGUGCAUUCAGUGAGGAGAGCGCUGGAAAAUACUGCCAUGAAGGCUGACAACAUUGAAGUGUUUGCCCAGGGACAUGGGAUUAUUCAGGUUGACAAAGCCUAUGACUACCUCAUGCAGAACACGUCCUUUAUCAACAAAAUAGGUUUUACGGUUACUGUUGGUGGUGGCCGUGGCAUCUACCUCAGGGAUCCCGUUCAGGUCUCUGCGCCAUCAGACCAUGGUGUGGGCAUUGAACCAUUCUUCCCAGAAAACACAGAAAACUCUGAACGAAUAUCCCUACAGCUUCAUUUAGCUCUUACAUCAAAUGCAACCUGGGUUCAGUAUCCAAGUCAUCUAGAGUUAAUGAACCAAUGUAGACACAUCAAUGUCAGAGUGGAUCCACGUGGCCUACGAGAAGGAGUGCAUUACACAGAGAUUUGUGGUUAUGAUAUCUCUGCACCAAACUGUGGUCCAUUAUUCAGGGUCCCUGUAACGGUUAUCAUUCCAGCAAGUUUGAAUGAGGAAGCCACUUAUGAUCUGGAAUGUAAAGACGCACAUUUCAAGCCUGGUCAAAUUCGAAGACACUUCAUUGAUGUUCCUCAGGGAGCCACAUGGGCAGAGGUUACAAUCACUUCAAGGUCACCUGAUGUGUCUUCCAAGUUUGUUCUGCACGCUGUGCAACUGGUGAAGCAGAAAGCUUACAGGAGCAACGAGUUCUAUAAAUUCUCGUCUUUACCUGAAAAGGGCUCUGUGACUGAAGCCUUUCCAGUGUUGAGUGGGAAAACCGUUGAGUUCUGCAUCGCCCGCUGGUGGGCGAGUCUCAGUGAUGUCACCGUUGACUACACGGUUUCCUUCCAUGGCCUCGCCUGUGGUCUGCAGCAAUUAAAUAUUCACGCAUCGGAAGGCAUUCAUCGCUUUGAUGUGUUUUCUACGUUAAAGUAUGAAGACUUGUCUCCCAGCAUUAGCUUGAAAAAUUGGGUCCAAACCUUAAGACCGAUCAGUGCCAAGACAAGACCCUUAGGAUCUCGGGAUAUAUUGCCAAACAACAGACAGCUAUAUGAAAUCAUUUUAACGUACAAUUUUCACCAGCCUAAAAGUGGAGAAGUUACCCCCAGCUGCCCGUUACUCUGUGAAUUACUCUAUGAAUCUGAAUAUGACAGCCAGCUUUGGAUUAUUUUCGACCAGAACAAAAGACAGAUGGGCUCCGGAGAUGCUUACCCCCACCAGUAUUCCGUGAAGCUGGAAAAGGGAGACUACACAAUCAGAAUGCAAGUACGUCAUGAGCAAAUAAGCGAGCUGGAGCGUCUGAAAGACCUGCCGUUUGUGGUGUCUCACCGCAUGUCCAAUACUUUGAGUCUAGACGUAUACGAAAGCCAUACCAUGGCUCUUUUGGGGAAGAAAAAGGCCAACAGUACCACGCUUCCACCAAAGCAUAGCCAACCUUUUUUUGUUACAAUGCUGCCGGACGAAAAAAUUCCCAAAGGCGCCGGGCCUGGCUGUUACCUUAGUGGCACGCUAACGCUGUCAAAAAGUGAACUGGGAAAGAAAGCUGGGCAGUCGGCAGCAAAGCGCCAAGGAAAAUUUAAAAAGGAUGUAAUUUCUGUUCAUUACCAUCUGAUACCAUCUACCUCCAAGCUGAAGAAUGGAAACAAGGAGAAGGAGAAAGAACCGGAGAAGGAGAAAGAUGUUAAGGAAGAGUUUGCUGAAGCUCUCAGAGACCUAAAGAUUCAGUGGAUGACCAAGCUUGAGAACAGUGAUCUCUUUGGUGAAUUGAAAGAAUCCUUCCCAAACCAUCUUCCGCUGUAUGUUGCAAGACUCCAGCAGCUGGAUUCUGAGAAGGAACGUCUGAAAAGACUCAAUGAAAUAAUCGAUUCUGCUAAUGAAGUUAUUUCCCGAACUGAUCAGACGGCUCUAGCAAUAUUUUUUGCCAUGAAGACCGAUCCUAGACCGGACGCAGCCACAAUAAAAAAUGACAUGGACAAGCAAAAGAAUACCUUGAUCGAUGCUCUGUGUCGGAAAGGCUGUGCCCUGGCAGAUAAGGUUCUCCACCUGCAGUCUGAGGAUGGUGCUGCUUCCUUAGACACCGAAGGAAGAGAUGAUGAUGAUGACCAGGAAGCCGUAUUAGAAACACUAAAUGAAACUUACUGGGAAAUGGCAAAAUGGGCCGACCUUAGUGACGCAAAGGUUUUGCCAUUUGUCUACAAACAUGCUCUGGCAAAUAAGUUAUAUGGGCGAGGGAUUAAAUUUGCAAUAAAGCUUGUAGAAGAGAAGCCUACAAAGGAGAACUGGAAAAACUGUGUUCAGCUGAUGAAAUUGCUUGGGUGGACCCACUGUGCGACAUUUACAGAGAACUGGAUCCCCGUCAUGUUCCCGCCAGAUUAUUGCAUUUUCUAAAACGUCGCCAACAUAUCCAGCCAUUUUAUAUAAAAUACUUCUAAAUGAGAAGA